AUGCACUCACGAGCGCAGGCAAAGGCGGUCGAGCUGCAGGAGCUCCUGCAGUACAUGGCGCCGGGCAGCACAGUGGACGACAUCGUUGGCGACGGAGACAGCGGGGAUGAGGCGGCGCUCUACGACGUCGUGCAGGGCAAAGGCGCGGCACCGGCGCGGGUGGUCUUGGGUGCGGCGCCCGGCACGAACGCGCAGAAGGAGACGACAUCUCUGAGCAAGAUGCAGCCGUCGCAGCACACCACCACCCACGCAAGUGUCCUUCGCCGCAUUCGAGUCGACGAGUUCUACGCGGACGUCUCGUCCUUCGCCGGCGGUGCGGGUGGCGCAAGCAGGGCGAACCAGCGCGUGCUGAACGAUCUGCGGGAGAUGACAAUGUCAAACCGCCUCACGUCAAUGCAGACGUCAAAGGAGGUCGACCGCUCAGAGCGCGCGACGGUGGAGAAUGUCAUGGACCCGCGCACGCGCCUCAUAUUGUACAAGCUCGUCAACAGUGGCCAGCUGAAGGAGAUCAACGGCUGUGUGUCGACGGGAAAGGAGGCGAACGUAUAUUACGCUGUCGCAGGUGAUGGCAGCGAUGCGGCGGUAAAGGUGUUCAAGACCUCUAUCCUCGUGUUCAAGGAUCGCGACAAGUAUGUCGCGGGUGAGUUCCGAUUCCAGCGGUACUGCAAGAGCAAUCCGCGUAAGAUGGUGCGCACAUGGGCAGAGAAGGAGGCCCGCAAUCUGAAUCGCCUGCAGGACGGCGGUGUGUUGGCGCCCGCCGUGAAGCUGCUGCGGCAACACGUGCUUGUGAUGGAGUUCCUCGGGGAGGGUGGCUGGCCCGCUCCACGACUGAAGGAGGUCCGCUUUCCCUCUGCUGCUGCGCUCGACAGGUGCUACCUCGACCUUUGUUGCACGAUGCGGAAGAUGUACGGCCGCUGCAGACUUAUACACGGCGACCUCUCUGAGUACAACCUGCUGCUCUACCGCGGCCGCGUUGUGGUGAUUGACGUCUCUCAGUCAGUGGAGAACGAUCACCCGCAUGCCAUGGACUUUCUUCGGAGAGAUAUUGUGAACGUAAACGCCUUUUUCCGUGCCAAGGGACACCAGCAGCUCUUCUCUCUGCAGGACUUGUAUCAUUUCAUCACCGCCGCUCCCGCCCCGCGUGGGUGGCAGCGCUGCGACGGCCCAGACAACGUGGAGGAGAUCCUGCAACACCUGCUGGAGCUUCGCGAGAUGCGCGAGCGCGAGGGCGUACUGCAGAAGGACGCGGAGCAGGCGAAGGUGGACGAGCAGGUCUUCCUUAACAUCGCCGUGCCGCGCACGCUGGGCGAGAUAGCUCACCACAAGGCGCCGAACUCCGAACUCGCACCGUACGUCGCCGAAAUGACGGCGAACACCGCACAGCCCCGAGGGGGCGCGGAUGAAAGCGACGUGGAUGACGGUGAUACCAGUUGUGACGACGACGACGACGAGGAGGAGGAAAAUGACGAGGCGUACGGCAGCAAAAGGAGUAGAAGUGAUGGUGGCGCGGAUAGAGAAACGACGGAGGUGGGUCGGCCGCGACAGGCGCCCAAGACGAUUGCCGACAUGACAAAGGAGGAACGGAAAGAAUAUCACAAAGCCGUGAAGGAGGCAAAUCGUGAGCGCCGUGCGAAUAAGAAGGUAAAGAAAAGUGGUAAGAAAAAGAAGUAG